AUGGAAGCUAAUGUGUCUACUACUACAAUAUUUGCCAAUAUAAAUUCAAUUCCCAUACCAAAUGGGACAAACUUCAAGGAUUGGAAAGAGAACAUAUCGAUUGUUCUUGGUUGCAUGGAUCUAGACCUUGCGCUCAGGAUUGAGCAACCUGCUCCUCUUACGGAUGAAAGCUCACUUCAUGAUAUGAGGAACUUUGAGAAGUGGGAUCACUCAAAUCACAUGAGUCUUAUGAUCAUUAAGCCCGGCAUUCCGGAAGCCUUUAGGGGCGCAGUGUCCGAAGGGAUAACAAAUGUCAAUGAGUUCCUUGUAGAAAUUGAGAAGCAUUUUACGAAAAAUGAUAAGGCUAAAACAAGCACGCUUUUGCAACGCUUGAUUUCAAUGAAAUAUAAAAGCAAGGGUAACAUAAUGGAGUACAUCAUGGACAUAUCUCACAUUGUUUCAAAACUUAAGGGAUUAAAGCUUGAGCUAUUUGAUGACUUGCUUGUGCAUUUGGCUUCUAUACCUGUCAUUGAUCAAGAAAGAAAUUAG